AUGGGGACAAAGAGCGUAACCGGAUACAGAUGGAUGUUCCAGCAAGGCACCAGUAGGAACUCCCUGUACUACUGCCAGGCAUCCAACAAACAGACUACUGUCAACUCUACCUAUUCCUAUCCGGAAAUUGCUGUCAGCAGUGUGUCUCUAACAACCAUCACAUCCGCCAACCAGGAAGUUGGAUCUGCUGAGGGUCAACCGCUGACCUUGACCUGUGUGACCUCGGCCAGUUACCCUGCUGCUACUGUCACGUGGUACAAGAACAGUGUUGAGGUAACAGUGGGGAUCUCCAGUAGCAACACCGUCACAUCUGGAGUGGCUGUCCAGGCAACCAGUGCCGUGACCUUCACCUCUGUGGUGAGGUCAGACCUGGGUCACACAGUCUACUGUAGAGCCACCAACAUCCACACCCCCUCCCUAGUACAGUCUGACAACGGACCAGAACAAGUUGGUUUUACACAGUCAGACAACGCUGUAGCUUUCGAGAAAAGAAACCUGACCUUGACUUGUACUACCACUGCUUAUCCCAACCUGACCUUCACCUGGGACUACAGUGAUGGAACCCCUGUAGGUGGCAGCACGGGGCCUGUGGCAGGAUCUUCGACCCGGUGGUCCCAAACUCUCACCUUCAGGCCAAAUAAAGACAAGACUGCUGUGAGGUACCCACCACCUGUCCCUCCUUCCAUCACAAAGUUUCAGACUCUGAUGUUUGAAGGAGACCAAGAGACAAUCAUCUGCUCGGUGACAGGAGGAAAUCCUCUAGCUACUAUCACGUGGUCCUGUCCAGGCACUGGAUCAGCAUCGGUCAGUGACAGUGGUCAGACCAGGACAUCUACCCUCUCCUUCACUGUCAGCAGGAGUCAGAACGGUCAGCAGUGUCAGUGUCUGGGGGCGUGGCAGUAUGGGGGAUACAACCAAUCUGAUGUCAGGACCUUCAGUGUCAGUUGUCCCACAAACCCACAACCACUCAAUGCCGAAUAUAACAUGGCAGGUGUAAUAGCAGGAAGCACAAUAGGAACCCUCCUUCUUACCUUGCUGAUUGGAGGACUAGUUCUGAUUGUCCUCUAUAGGAAGGGGUUCAGGUUUGGGAACGUCUUGAAAGUCGAGCUCAAAGCAGAAACAAGUACCUACGAAGACAUGACAGAAGCUCCUCCGGUAUCCUACGAGUCCAUCGGAGCAUCUCCAUACCAAAACAGCGGCGCUCAACCUCAAGCUGUCAACCCAGGUAUAGGAGAACGUAUUCAAGGAGGGACAGCCCUGCCACAAAGUGACAGUAUCCGGGUCAGGAGGUACAGGGAUACCCAACCAGCAGGCUCUGACACUAAGAUGCAGCUACACUGUGACAUCAGGGGAUGUUGUUACUUCAUUCGCAUGGAGGAGGCUGGAGGGCAACUCUCCGCAGUGAACAUAGUCUCAGGUUCAGUGACUCCCCAGAGAGCUGUGUUCUGGGACUCCUGGGGGAACAAGGGCGUGUUUGUUGGUGACUACACCUCCUCCCUGGACAUCCAGCUGCAUGCCAGUCACGUGACAUCCAGCUAUGCCGGGACAUACAGUUGUCAAGUGAGUGGACUGUCAGGUUCUGGACGAGUGGAUGUCACUGCCUCUGUGUUGGGUGUCCCAUCAAUAUCUGGUCUGCCGUCCAUCUACCGAGUGAUCGAGUCAUCCCGUCUCAAUGUGGACUGUAGUACCUACACCACACCAGGCAACCCUCCAACAACAAGCUACACCUGGACCUAUGGUUCUACUGUCAGUGCUGGGGCUGUACUUGAUAGAAGCAGAAUCAGCAGGAGUCAGGGAGGAAACUACACCUGUACUGCCAGCAACACUCAGGGGUCAGACUCGGCCUCAGUCAAUGUGGAUGUACAGUAUGUUCCUUCUAUAUCCGGACUACCACCAGUUCAGACUGUCACAGAGUUCUCUAAUCUAAGGAUAGACUGUAGUACCUACACCACACCAGGCAACCAUCCAACAACAAGCUACACCUGGACCUAUGGUGGUUCUACUGUCAGUACUGUGGCGGUACUUGAUAGAAGCAGAAUCAGCAGGAGUCAGGGAGGAAGCUACACCUCUACUGCCAGCAACAGUCUGACACCAAGUGGGGGAUCUCAACAACAGGGGACAGCAACAGCACAGGUCAAUGUGGACGUUCAAUAUCAGGCCAGUAUAAGUAUGUUUACUGCCAACUCACUCAGCGGCAUAUUGACAGUGAACGAGUCUGAUCCGGUGACCUUGAGAUGCCAGAUUGAUAGUAACCCAAGGUCAAUCAUCAGAUUACUGAAUGGAACUGAGGAGUUGACAAGGGCAGAUAACUCCAUGACAGCAGAAUAUAGACUGGAGUCAGCAGACUGUAGACAAAGAGGGAACUACUCCUGUACUGCCACUAACAGC